AUGGCAUCAUUACCCCCAGAGCGCACGACUCUCUCCAGACCCUUCACAAAUACUGGCGUAGAUUAUGCUGGACCCUUCAACAUUCGAAACUUUACUGGACGAGCAUGCCUUAUUACAAAAGGUUACGUGUGCAUAUUCGUGUGUUUUGCCACUAAAGCGCUGCACCUAGAAGCAGCAAGUGACCUAUCAACUCAGUCUUUUCUGGCGGCCUUUGCAAGAUUCAUAGGAAGGCGUGGAUGUCCAUCUACUAUUUAUUCCGACAAUGGAACAAAUUUCGUUGGUGCUGCAGAACUUUUGAAAAAGGAAAGACUCGAAUUCGUCAAAACUCUUCAACAAAAUAUUAUUCAUCAUUACAGUCAUCAAAACGUCGAUUGGAAAUUCAUUCCCCCUGGUAGCCCACAUAUGGGAGGGCUUUGGGAAGCCGGUGUAAAGUCCUUUAAGACUCAUCUACGUAAAAUGAUUCCAAAUAUGAAAUUCACAUUUGAAGAGCUCUCCACAAUUUUGACCCGAAUCGAGUCCUGCUUAAACUCUAGACCUUCAAGUCCUGCUAGUGACGACCCAACUGACCUAUCACCAUUGACUCCAGCACACUUUCUUAUUGGUACUUCUCUUAUGACCCCACCUGAAAAAGACUUGCAGAAUGAAAACUUGACUCUAACCAAUCGCUGGAAACGCCUCAAAAUCAUUUAUCAUUCCUUUUGUCAGAGAUGGAAAACAGAAUAUUUAAGAGAACUACAUCGUCGAUACAAAUGGAAAUAUCAAUCCGAAAAUCUUAAGGUUGAUGAUCUAGUUGUCAUCAAAGACAGUAACUUACCACCCAACGAAUGGAAAUUGGGUCGAAUUACAAAAACAUAUUUCGGACAUGACAAAAAUACCAGAGUAGUUGAUAUUCGCACUGCAAAUGGAAUCAUUACUAGACCCAUAACAAAACUCGUAGUAUUGUUUCACAACUAA